AUGGAUGUCUUCUGGGCAGCCCCUCCAAUCUCCAGGACACUGACUGCACUAGCUUUCUUCGAGGGUCUGGCGGUUCACGGGAAGCUUAUACCCGGUUUUAGAUUUGUCUUUAUACCUAAACUUAUUUUCACAUUUCCUCCAGAACCAUGGAGACUGAUCACUCCUUUUUUCAUUCCUGAUGGAGGAGUUCAUUUCUUCUUCGAUCUCUAUUUCCUAUACACAUACGCAAGCGGCCUGGAGAGAGGUGCUCCACGCUUCGCUUUACCAGGUGACUUUACUGUCUACCUCAUCUUCGUGUGCACUGUCAUCAUGAUCACUGCAUAUUGGUACAUGUCGGCCGUGGUAUUCACCAAAGCCCUGAUAGUGGCUCUCACACACACCUGGUCGCAGGUGAAUCAUGGAAGAUACGUCAGCUUUUAUGUGAUGCAGAUCAAGGCUGAAUACCUGCCGGUGUGCCUCCUUCUUCUCGACAUAGUGAGCGGGGGGUGGCCUGCUGCCGUUAUGAGCAUGAUUGGCAUCUUUGCAUCUCAUUUAUAUGACUUCUUUACUCGGCUCUGGCCGCUCUUUGGUGGAGGAACGAACUAUCUCAAGACCCCAACAUUUGUGCAUAGGCUCUACGGAACGACGGUCAGAGAACAGCGAUCUCGUGGACUCGUUCCACCUACUAGUUUAUCCAGCCAGACUUCGUCCGGUCAAUCUUCGGCAAGAGAUGAAGCCGCUGGUUCUGCAUGGAGCAUGAGAGGUGCUGGACGGAGACUCGGUGGCAAUUGA